UUAAAUAAGACUCGAUUAUAAGAACAACCAGUAAACAUUUAUGUCAGUAAUAUGAUUUCUUCGACUUUUGGUAUGCACCGGUCUCUUCUUCCUUUUGAUACAGUUUGCUGAAAGCACACAACUAGCUGCUGCAUUUGGAAGACGAAGCGAAGGAGCAAUUGACGAUGGCAUAACACAAAUUCAAUGAAUCCAACCAAGCAAGAAACCAAGCAGAAAGAACAUUGGGUAUUUGUUAAAAUAUAUCCUUCAAACAGCUAGUCACGCGUUGAGGUACCUAUUUGCCCGACUGGACAAACAACCCUGUUCCAACUAUUCAAAAGCUUCUGAAACAAGUGCGUUUUCAACAAAACCCAAACUCUACUAUAUUGAUGAACUUAUGAAGAGUAUUGACUUAUGAACGCAGAAAUGUCUGAUACAUUAAAGCCUACUUUGAUUAUUUCAUAGUCUGCAAUACAUCACUUCAAGUGUUAUAUUUUUUAAAAAAAGAAGGAAAUCGUUUGGGCUCUUGUAGGGUCGUCUGUUACGAAAGGCUAAUCAGAUCAAAGUUUUGAGCCGCUUAUCCCGAGACUCCAUCAUAUUCUAUUCAAACUUUGAAAUUUUAAAGAAAUUCCAGCCAAAGUUACAAUGGCAAACAUGAUUCAUACCUGCAUAAUCUUGUUCAUAUUAUGUAAGACGGCAUGCAAUGCAACAAUCCUAAAUUCAAUGGAGGGAGAAUUAGCAGAGCUGGAUUUUCCGUACCCAUGUAACGUUUCGAGAGUUACAUUUCAGUACGCAAACAGAGCCCCAGCAUAUAACUCGGCCGAUCCAAACUCUAACUCUUUGCCUCCAAAUCAAAAUCUCACUUUCAAACACGAAAGUGAGAAUAACGAAUGUUCCCUACAUCUUACUAUCAACCCUGUCCUGAGAAAUGAUGCAGGGACCUACAUUCUUACAGCCUAUAAUGUUAAUGAUCAGUAUAUAUAUGGUAAAAGGGUUGGGUUGAGAGUUGACUAUCCUCCUGGCAAGGCAUUUUGUGAUUCAGGUGAAGUGUAUAUUGAAGGGGAAUGGAUCAGACUACAUUGUUCAGCUCCAGAGGGUAAUAAUGUACCCGGUCAGAUCAUGUGCUACCAAGAUGGCAUGAGGCUGCCCCCUUUGACUUCACCCGGAACUCUAGAUCAGGUAAUAUUAGCUAGACCUGCAGCAGGUUUGGUAUAUUGCUGUUCUUCUUCUUUGCAACAGACGGAAGACAGAUGUGAUUGUAAGGAUAGUACCUGGGAUCCCAUCCUGAAAACUACAGCUACUAAUGGCAUCGAUCCCUGUCCUGGUGUUCUGUCGACGCCCCACCCAACAUCUUAUCAAACUGUUCAAGCAAGUAAUAAUUCUACGCGUCCGGCAUCAAGUGCACAAUCAUGUGUCUUGAAAAAUGAGACAACCCAUACUUAUUUGAAAUUGUUGGUAUGUGGCGUCAUCUUGAUAUUGUGUGUAUUAUCUCUUUUUCUUUAUCCUAUGUUUUAUUUCACACGUAAACGAAUAAUGUAUUAUCGACGCUCAUAUAAACGUGAUAACAUGGCUGAUUUACGUCCAACACCAAAACUAUUACCCACAAAUACCACUUCUGAAAUUGUGUUAACCUAAUGCAGAUCGCUGUCCUCGAUCAUUGACAUGGCAGCAACAACAAACAAAUUCAUCUGAAAAAGGCCACCUUAAUAAAUAUUAACCUAUGAAACAAACCAAAACAGUGCGAUUAACUAAACAAAAAAAGAAGCAAACCGAAGAACAGUGUUUUGAAGCCUGUCCCAAAAUCGUUACCCAUUUCACAAAAUAAUAUUAACCCUUCAAAGUAAACUUAGACUACUGGACAAAACUGUUGUCAGUCUGACCAUAGCCGUAUGGGUUAGCCCGAAAUACACAGAGCCACUGAAAAAAGGCUCUAUCUAAAAACUUUGUCUGCAGGAAGUGGUGUGACUGGAAAUUACAAUACACACACACACACACACACACACACACACACCACCACCAUUGACAACACUUUCUGUGUUUAUAAUUUGUAUGUAAUAGUAAGUGAUGUACAUUCAAAUUAGGCAUUUCAAGCAGUUUUGAUUUUGAUACCUAAUGGUUGUCAAUGGAAUCACAAUUGAUAUGGAGAUGCAUAGUCCAUUAUACUAUACAUAAUGUAAUAUAUCUAAAAAGAAAUGUAAAUGCGGAGAAGGACAUACAUAACCAAGAAGAAGAAGAAGAAGGAGGAGAAGAAGAAGGAGAAGAAAAAGACUUGAGCUUGCCCUUUGAGCGAGAUUCCUUAAGUACUUUGUACUUGCACGGAGAUUUCUUAUUCAUUAAAUAUAUUUUGCAUGUGUAUUAUAUAAGGUUCAUUCCGUUCAUAGCUUAAACUUCUUUGGGCUUAUAAUCGACGAAAGGCUAAAUUGAACAGGACAUGUUGACAAUUAUCAUGAAGAAAAAAAAAAUAAGUUCAGUAUAUAUAUCGGCAUAAUGUGUAAGCUCAGUUUAGUGAUACCUUGCAAAUUUUGUAUCUAGUCAUAUCCGACGACCGGGGUAUCGCAGGGCCCUCAGGGAGAACCGUAUAAAUACUGAUGAGGCUAUACCCUGGAUAAACAAGACAUAUUAUUAUUAUUAGUAUUAUUACUAUCCCAAUUAAUGUAGUCUUGUUUGGUCAGGGACCAGUUCAAAUGAUUUAUAACGCUUAUAAUAUGUAUAGUACAAAAGAAUGCUGUUCGAAUAUGCACUAAUUCCCACUAUCUUGCCUCGUCAUUUAAAAAAAAUUGAAUACCUUCAAUUUUUUUUUGGAUAAAAACUGGCACUUUUUAUGUUCGCAUACAUCAAUGCACUACUAUUUGCAAUUUUAGACAAUUUUUUUGACAAUCGGAUUUUGAAAUAGCUUCACAAUUCCUCUAAUUUGUCCUUGUUUGACAAUACAUGUACAUGUAUAUAUUAUUAUGUAUUUUUUG